AUGAAGACUUUCGCUCUCGCUGCCCUCGCCUCUGUCGCCGCGGCCUUGGCGGAGAAUUUCACCAUCGACCCUUUGCCUGAGUUGACGACAUGCGUGCCCGCCAACCUGACCUGGCACGGGGGUGUCCCUCCCUAUACAGUACAAAUCCGCGGAGGCAGCCAUCCCGUCCCCCUUUACACAAUAAGAACGGACGAGACGUUUUACACCUGGGUGGUGAACGUCACCGCAGGCAAGCACACCCUCCUGGACGCUCGGCGCGCGCUGAACUGGUUACGCGAUUUGCAGGCAUCUCGCUGGGAGGUUCGGACUCCACCGGACACAGCGAUCAAACCCAGCUCGUCACGAUCCAUUCGGGGGGUAAGUGUCCUUCUGAAAGUAUACAAAACGAAGCCUGAAGAAGAUUUCACGUACAUAUGGCACCUAUCGCAGUCCAGCAGCGAAUACGACACGUUUAAUUACGGGUAA